AUGAACAAUCAUUUCUACUAUGUGGAAAGCAUGUCUACUGCAAUCCUUCUUUUAAAUAGAUUAACAGCCCUUUUAUGGCCAUUAAAAUAUGAAAAGGUCCAUUUGUUAUUCAAAAUUUUAAUUAAUUUUAAAAUUCAGAUUUGGAAUAAAUUAUGGUAUUGGGCAAUUAUUCUUGCUUAUCUACUUCCACUAACAUUAAGUUGGCAUAUUUUAUUUUCAGAAAUUGUUAUCUGGGUUCAUAAUAAUGAGACUUUUAGUUUGUAUACAAAAAUGAAGCCUGUUGAGCCAAAGGACACUUUAACGACUUCAUGGUUUUCCGUCCUAUUCACAAUUAUCUGUCUAUUAAUUAAUAUUGCAUGCCUUUAUGUUUAUAAAAAGACAAAAAUUGUCAGUUCUCAGCAAACUCAAAGCAAGCAAAAGACCGAGACACUUUUGACAAUUUACUCACUUUUAACCUUUUUUGGGCAACUUUUAUUUACCUUUUAUACGGUAAACUGGAAAUACAUUGGAUCUAGUUUGGGAUAUGCGUUCCUUGAGCCUUUAUGCGUCCCAUGA